GAGUUUUCAUUAAAGUAGUAGAAGUAGAGGUGAAACAUAAAGAAGGGCAGUUUCCUGUCUACUCUGCAGACUAGAAGAAAAGAAAAAUUCAUCCAUGGACAAAUCAUGUGCUGUUUUCCAACCUUAAUCUUUUCACCAAGGAUGAAACUAUUUAAAGCGUAAGAUGCCAACAGAUCACGAAGAGCCCUGUGGUUCCAGUCAUAGGUCAUUCUGCCUGAAUGGGGGGAUUUGUUACAUGAUGCCUACUAUUCCCAGCCCUUUCUGUGGCUGGGGCAUGAGCUUUUCCCUGCAUUAGAAGGUUGUUGAGACCUGAAGCCUGGGAAGGUGCAUUGAAAAUUACACAGGAGCUUGUUGUGAAGAGGUUUUUCUCCCAAGCUCCAGCAUCCAAGCUAAAAGUAGCCUGUUUGCAGCUUUUGUGGCUUUGGCUGUUCUUUUAACACUUAUUGUUGGAGCCCUCUACUGCCUGUGCAGGAAGGGGCACCUUCAGAGAGCCAGUGCAGUCCAGUAUGACGUCAACCUGGUGGAGACGAGCAGUGCCAGUGCCCACCGGGAACUGCACUAAAUAAAUGCGAAAGGAAUUCCUUCCAACAAGAUGACGAAGAUUCCAGAUGGAAAUAUGGAUUUACGUAAGGGAGUAAAAAACGUUGGAAAAGGAACCACACAGAUGUUUGGUCAAACAUGGAUGGUGCUGUGAGUGCUCCUGGAUGAAACUGAAAUUUAAAUGGGUGGGUUAGGAGAAAGGCAGACACCCGUCUCCACAGUGCAGGGAGCCCCAUUCCCUUAAGGAAAUGAAUAAAACCAAAGGCUGACCUUCCCCAAGCAAGAAGAAUCUCCCACAGAGCGCCGUCUCACUUCCUGCACAGCACCUGUGCCCCUGGUCCCCCAGGCUGCUCAUAGACCUGAACUGCAGCUCUCCUGAGGCUCCCUUCAGCCUCCUCCAGCAGAUUUGGGAUCCCUGAAGCCUGUGGACCACAAGAGUCCGUUCCAUUAAAUAAAUCUCUCUUUGUAUAUGAAUGCAUCCUACUGGUUCCGCUCCGGAGAGUUUUGACUGACACAAAUGCACCUAAGUAACAGAGCUUUGAGCUGCAUAAAGCAACCCUGGAAAAACUGCAAGAAGAAAUGGGCAGACCCCUACGACCAUCAGAGGCAGCAGUGACUGUCUGAACAGCUGGUAAAAGAGGUAGAGAAAAUCAAUGAAGAUACACUAAAUUUUAACAACACUCUCCACCAGCUUGACCUAACUAGUAUAGCACUCCAGCCAACAACAGGAUGUACCCUUCUCAGGUGCGCAUGGAGAUUUAUCAUGAUAAACCACAUUCUGGUAGACAUGACCCCAGGAAACCUAAGAAGAUUCAAGUCAUACAGAAAAGCCUCUCUGACCACAAAGGAAUUAAAUAAGAAACAAUAAUAGAAACAUCUCUGGGAGAUCCUCAAAUAUUUGGA